AUGUUCCUGUGCGCUCGCGACGCGUCCGCGCGGCCGCAAGGCGCUUCAGACGACGCGCAGGCGGCUCCUCACUCUCCAGCCGACGCGCAGGUCGCAGAUCCUCGUCCUCCGCGCGCUCCAGCGCUCCAGAGGCCGCCCUUUCGCCGCGCAGACGACGCACAGGCCUCCGCCGCUUACCUGCAGGUUCUGGACGCGCUGACGCGGCUGGUGGCGCAGCUGCUGGACGUACACACUCUGUCCCCGUCGCUGCGGUUCGCAGCGGGCGAGUCGGUGGCUGUAGACGCCGCCGAGUGGUGGCGCGAGGUCCAGCGCCAAAGCAUCGCGCGCGUGCAGCGGCAGGAGCGCGCGGAGACGGCGAACGACCGGGCAGAGGACACGGAGAAGAGCUCAAGCAGCAGGCUGUGGCCGCUGGCGGCGCGUAGUCAGGAGAAGACGCUCGAGCAGGAGCAGAGAUCGAAGGACAGCGGGGUAUUGGCCUCUAGUGAGGCCUUUGAGGACCUCCCGGGGGACACUUGGAAGGACAAUGCGGCGGGCUUCUUCGUGCAGGCUCUGUAUCUGAUUAUGCAGGCGAUGGAUAGAGUGUCCAGAGCUCAAGGACAGGAGGACGACGAGGGUCGGAAUGUGGACGCAGAGUCCUUUGUGGACGCUCUUGCCAGUGUGGACGCCGGCGUGGCCUUCGCUGCCGCCGAGUUGCUGCAGACGUGGGCGCCUGUGAGUCAGAAGACGGUCGUGGACUCGGCCCAGAAGCCGUCCAAGUUGUUGGGUGUGGCGGUGGUGAACGUGCUGCUGCAACCGACGGGCGUUGGGACCAAGCACAGCUUCCACGAACACGCGCUGCUGCCGUCGCUGCCGCUGCGCGCGUUCCUCGGAGCGAAGCAGUGGAGGUGCUCGGUGUGUGAACGUGUGACGCAGACAACGGGUAGUGAUGCUGCGCGCGCGGUGUGUGUCUAUCGCUGCGCGGCGUGCAACUUCAACCUGUGUCGUGAGUGCUUUACGAGGAUUCCCAACGCGGCAGGAACUAGACGGAGCAACCCACUGGCAGAUAUGACCAGACUCACAACAGACCGAUUUUUUAGACUGAUCGUGCCUCAGCUGAAGCACAAGUCGGGCGCGGUGGUGGUACGCCAGAUUGCACAGGAAUUGCGACGGCGGGUGCUGGAGCUGUAUCCGCAUAACUUCCAGGCGGCUGCGGAGUUUGCGCAGUUAUUUCACAAAUUGGUGGCGUCGGACAAAGCGGCGGCGCUUGCACUGGUGAUGUCUCCGCCAGCGUCAAUGCCUUCGUCGACGGCAAGGCCAGCAGUUGCGUGGUUCCCGCUGUUUAUGAGGACGUGGACCAUGUCGUUGAGCACGCUACUUGGGCCGUUUCUGCGUGCUUCUACUAUGCUCGAGGAUACACGCGAAAUUGACACGGCUGUGAGGGCUGCGAAUCACGGUUCUGCAGUUGCUGACUGUCUGCGUGCGCAGUGGACAAAUGGCUACGCAGAGUACCGAACAACGUUGCAAACUCUCAUGAGGACACUACUAUCUAACGACCAGCACCCAGUGGUGGUGGACGCCACUCUGUGCUGGCUUGCACUCACAUUAAUGACGGCGGACCCACGAAGGCGCUUGAACUAUGAUGCCCACGAGCGACUAGAUGGAUUUUUGGUGAAUGUUACCACGAUGCUGCUCGCUUACACCUUGCCUCUGCUAGACAGAGCCCAGCAUGAUUCAAGCGUUAUCGAUGCCCACUAUCAUCAAAGUGUGGAGCCUGUUCGGGUCUACGCCAGCAAGGAUUUUCCCGAGGUUCCGCUUCACUACUCGCGCAGCACGCAAGAUACGCGUGCCAGCGAGACCGCCGCCGGUUCUGAAAUGUCGGAGAUCCAGUCAAGUGACGAGAGAUGUAUAGCCGAGUACAAUGUGCGUCGAAUACGGAGGGACCAAGACAGGCACGAUAAAGAAGACAACGAGGUGGAGUCCACCUACUAUUACCCGCGGCUAUCCUGCCACGAGGGAGUAGUGUGUGAUCGGUGCGAGUUCGCCAAUAUCCACCAUGUCCGGUAUAAAUGCGCCUUCUGCGCGGAUAUGGAUUUAUGCAGUAGCUGCUUUGAAGACUUCCGCUCGCACCAGGCUGCUACCGAUUCAUCGUCCGAGUCUGAGUCGGAGGCCAUGGUGCAUUACCCGGAUCAUGUAUUUAUUCGCAUCGAGUCGCCGAUCCCAGUUUUCGCUCUGAAGCACUUCCAACCGUUGCCUGUGGAAUGGCUUACAAGCAGCAAACAGAAGGACGAUGCAAGCGUGUUGAGCGAAUGUGUGGAUGGAGGGUUUGAUGCUUCAAGCAUCCACUGUGCUGAUUGUGGAGACACACUGGGUGCAAUUGGUCAGCUUGACCAUGCAUUUUACAAAUGUGCAAACUGUAUGGACGCUAGAUUCGUGUGUGCCACGUGCUUGACGCACGAGGAGAAGCUCAGCAACGGCAAUCCGAACGGAAUGCACGCUCCUGGACACGUGUACUUUGUGGUGACGGACCCAUGGCGGCGUCAGCUCCAAAUUCCGUGGGGUGACGUUGUACGAAAGCUGCACUUUCAGCGACUAUUGCAUCCGCCGGCGCUGAUCCCGCGUGUUCGUUUCCGACGCGAUACGGAGAUGUUCUAUAUUACACUGAAGUAUCUUCACUUCGGCCCUCUCGCUACUAUGUCGCGUUGGCUGAGUAUGUUGAAAGAGGUCCAGGAGCUGCAGGCAUUCUGCGCCUGUGAUGAAGAGCAGUAUGAGAUGGAGAGUCAGCGAGAGAGAAGAGGACGACGGCGGCAGGAUGGCUCGCAGCGGCGAUCGAUGAAGCCGUCUGUGCACUACAAAGCUAGCAAAGCUCGGCUUGAGGAUAUCCGUGUGAAAUGUGUGAAGAUGGAGUUACACUUGCUGGAAAGUGUCAACGUAGCGGAGUGGCUGGUAUUCUACGCGCGGUCGUGUCGCUGGCUAUUCCACUCAGCGUCUACAGCUCAUCCAGAUUCCGUGGCAGGGACUGUGCCUCAGGAUCCGUUUGCUGAACCCUUAUCACACUUCUCUUCGACGUUUAGCGCAUUCCCCGAGCAUUUUUUCUUCGACCUGUGCGACGUCGUUUACCUGUUGGGUCUCGAAAAACUGGAGUAUCGGGAGCUCGUUGCCGAGCUGAAGAGAAUGAAGGGAAAUAGUGCUGAGAGCGAAGCACUUGAUGAAGUCGAAGAAGUUGUGGAGCCGCUGCUGAUAAUGCUUGUACAAAUAGUGGUGGCUCCGAAGUUCACGAAGAAUCCUCACCUCCGAGUGGAGGCGCUGCGCUCACUGACGACUCUACUGACUUUCGUUUCGAAGGGCCAGCAAAUCCAGUACCGCCCUGGGCAUCGGAGAAUGGAGGCAUUAUUUAGGCGGCAUUCGUUGCUGUCGCGUUACUUGAUACCCGGUCUACUGCAAUUUCAUUCCGAUAUGGAUCGAUACAACGUCAGUAACAACGGCCUGGCCUUCACCAGCGCUGUGUCAAGUGGAGAUCACAUGUUGUGGGGAUUCCUGCCGACGCGAGUAUCGGUAACGAUGCUGCUGCGUUAUCUGUGGCAGCUCCCGAGUCAGCGUCAAAGUAUCCUACAAAUGCUUAACACAUGGGAUGCCAUUGAGGUCCCGCAGGCUUCACUAUCUGCGGAGGCGAACGAUGACAGUACUCAGCAGUUAACGGGGCUUGUGAGCGGUUUGUGGAGCGAUAUCGCCAAGCUUUUCGAUGAGGCUCACAACAAAAUUGCGACGCUCCGACAGAUACACGAUCUCAUUGAGGACUCGCUGGACGGAAGUGUGGUGGUGCUGCCGUUUCGACGUGACAUGCUGGAUGGGUAUGUAGCGAUCAAUGCAAAGCAGCUACGGCUGACGAUGCGUCUGCUCCUGGAGGCAUUGGAGUUGACAUCAUGGUUCGCUGCAAUUGUGAGCGGUGAAGGCAGCGCCCGUUCCCGAUCUUUGUCGGCCCCUGCCACAGCGCUGCGGCACGUUUUGUUACAACCACUUGUUGUGGAACAAGCGGCACGCACUCUCAGUUUCUUGGUGGCCUCGCUUGCGAAUGCGCACGAAGAGAAAGAGUGGGCCUUCUCGUUACCUCUGGUGGAAGAUGGCAAACUGCUUUUGGCGCACCUGAUUGUGCUUGUGGUGCGCUACUCCGGCCACAGUGCCUUGCCGUCUUCUGGUUCGACCUCCUCCAGUUUUUGUUCACCGUCGUCGUUCUGGAAAAUCGUGCGGUCAAGUGGCGACAUUAUGGAGAAGCGCGUGGGCGACUUGGACACACACGUGCGCUGGGGUUUGAACGCUUUGUGCACGCGCAUUGAAUCGGAAAGCUACCUCGGAUCGAGCCUGGAUGAUGACGACGAUGAUGAUGUAGAAGAAGUGCGAAUGAUAGCCGAAGCAGCAAACCACGAACUGGAUGAGGACGAGGCCCUGGCGCUGCUGGAGAAGCAGUCUGAGGCGAUCAGCAGCUCUGUCACUGAUACUACUACAGCGAAAAAGCGGUUGGGCAAGCGCUUUAUCGCGACGUUGGCCAAGGACGGCCGCUUCGACUUCAGGCAGUUCGUGGGCGGCUGCCGAUUCUUGCGGCCACAUCGAAAGCAAGACGAGAGCGGUAGCUCGGACGGCGAGGAAGACUCGGAGGGCGUGGAAGAGGGCUACCUUUACCUUGAUGGCUCGUGGGUGCAGCAGUUUGUUCGCACGAUGCACGAGGCCAAUGAGAUGAUCCACGUGCAGGAGGCCAUGGAAGCAUGUCUCGGAGAUAUCCCCGACCAGUACCUGGAUCCGCUGCUCAGUACCCUGAUGACGGAUCCCGUACGUCUGCCAUCGGGCAACAUCGUAGAUCGCGCAGUGAUUGCUCGGCAUCUGCUGGCCUCGUCGCAGCAGGGCGGAAGCACUGGGAGAGAUCCGUUCACCCGCGAGCCGCUGACGAUGGCCAUGGUGGAGCCCUGCGACGCGCUGCGAUCAGAGAUCCAAUUGUAUCUGCGUACGAAGAUGAGGCACUUCCGCAAGACAGCGCGCGAAGACGUGCUGGCUACGUGGGGCCUUGGCUGGGAUGUAUUGUUCGACAGCAGCAGCGAAACGGAGGCCGACUCGGAGGAUGGAGUGGAAGGUGGCAACAGCGCAUCGACGAGCUCCACGUCGUCCUAG